AUAUCUUUUUUGUCAUUGUCACACUUGGCAUCUCUCAAAAUCGAUCUGUUCAAUUGGUUUAGCUACUAGCUAGUAGUAGCUCUGCCAUUAGUAGCCGCACCAAGAUGACAAGCAGUGCCAAGUCCGUCCCCCGUCGCCCCUAUGGGAGCAAGUUCAAGAACAGUCGCCUACCAUCCGAUCUUCCCAUUAUCGGACUAGGAUGUUCGUCCUUUUCUACAUUUUUCUGGACGGAGCAAGAACAAAAGGAGAUGAUGAUAUCAAGUAGUAGUAGUGAUUGGACUCCGGAAGGCAUGGAUCGCUCGCACCCUCAAGUACAAGAAUGGAUUGCGACCAUUCGAUAUGCCGUGGAAGAAUGUGGGAUUACCCUGUUGGAUACAGCGCCGUGGUAUGGUCAUGGGACUUCCGAAGUCAUUAUUGGAUGGGCCAUGGAGGAAAUGUUAUCUACUAUUACAUCUAGUGACAACGACAAAAAAGACACUACAACAAAAGCCAUUCAACGAUCCGAUUUGGUCAUCAAUACCAAAGUGGGACGAUACGAAGCGGAUCCGCAGAAACAGUUUGAUUUUUCCAAACAAGCCACACUUCAAUCGGUGGAACGUUCUAUUCGUCGCAUGAAUUGUGGCUAUAUUGAUGUCCUCCAGCUCCACGAUUCCGAAUUUGCUCCGUCGUUGGACGUGCUGUUGCAGGAAACCAUUCCCGCCAUGAUCGAAUGUCGAACCAAGGGAUACUGCAAGGCAUUGGGCAUGACAGGAUAUCCCCUCCAAACGCAAUUCCAAAUUCUACAACGGACUCGAGAAGUGUUGGGAGACGACGAUGUUUGGGAUCAGAGUCUCACAUAUGGACAUUACAACCUGGUCAAUCAGAGUUUGUUCACGAAACCCUUGUCAUCACCAGAUAACAACAACCAACAGUACGAAUCGUUUGCUGCCUAUUGCGAGCAACACUCGUUGGGACUCAUGGCGGCGGCUCCCUUGAAUAUGGGACUAUUGACCAACAAUCCACUGCCGGCAUGGCAUCCCGCCAGUGACGAAUUGAAAGCAGCAUGUCGAACAGCAGCAGCCACCAUGGAGGAGGUCGACAUUGCCACAAUCGCCAUUGUCUACGCAUUGGCCAAUCCGCAAGUUCCGUGUACCGUGCUGGGUAUGAAAAAUGUGGCGCAGGUGGCCACGUCGCAGAAAUUGGCAUUGCGAUUUCGUAAUCAAAAUGAAAAUGACAACCCGAAAGAACGCUUGAAACAAGUCUUGACGCCAGACGAAUACAAAGCCUGGCAAGCCGUGAUGGACCCUAUCCAUGGACCCUUUGCCACAGUGUGGAAGAAUGGAACGAAUGUGUGGGAUGGGGUCCUGGAAGCCACCAAAUUCUGGCAACAAGUGGAAGGACAGGAUCAGGAAGAGUGGCAUUGGGAGUAGUAGAUAGAUAGAGAUAGAGAAUGUGGCUGCAGAAACCAAACACAAGAACACAGUGUCGUUCCGAAAUGUGUCGUAGAUAGAUAGAUAAAUGAUAGGAUAUGUCGGCACGACUGUACUGUACUGUACCGUACCUCCUUUUGAUGCAUGCGCCC